AUGGAUAAACACGCUGCUGCUGUUCGGAUCUUUGUCUUCUCUGGCCUGGACCACUGUAAUGACUCCCACGCGCCACAGUCAGGGCCCUUCACUGAUUUACGGCCACCCCCCAACACUCGUGCAGGCGUGAAGGCCCCCUUGUGGAAGAAGGAGCUGGAGGAGCCCCGGGCCAGGGAGGCAGAGGCGGAGGCCGAAGCCGCGGAGGAGGAGUCGGAGUCGGAGUCGGAGGAGGACGAGGAGAGGCCGCCAGAGGAGAGCGCGGCCGAGGGCGAGGCCAAGGCCGGCGGGGAGGCGGAGGGCGGCGAGGGCCGUGAGCGGGGCUCGGUGUCUUACUACCCGCUGCGCCAGGAGUCCAGCACCCAGCAGGUGGCGCUGCUGCGGCGCGCGGACAGCGGCUUCUGGGGUUGGUUCAGCCCCUUGGCGCUGCUCGGAGGCCUAGCCGCGCCGGCCGACAGGAAGCGGAGCCCUCCCGAGGAGCCGUGCGUGCUGGAGACGCGGCGGCGGCGGCCGCGCGGCGGGGGCUGCGCGCGCUGCGAGAUCCUUUUCUGCAAGAAGUGCGGGAACUUGCACAGCUCGCCGAGCUACGUGGCGCAUUGCGUUCUGGAGCACCCGGAUCUCGGGAAGGCGCGGCCUGCCCACGACGGCCCCUGA